CGGUGCGGGGCCACCAGUGGACCGAGUGACGGAGGAGUUUGUAUCAGUGUUCUGUGGCCGUCAGUAAGUCGCCAUAUUUGUUUAUGUCGUUGAAUGGGGGAGGUCUCGAUGCAAAAUUGCAAUUGAGUUGUGAGUGAAAACCCUUUGUGUUUGAGUUUGUGGGGCCACAGAGCAGUCGGUCGAAGAAAUGUCUAACUAAAAAAGUAGUGUUAAUCCGCGUGUCCUUUGUCUACGGCAAUCGUAUUUCUUUUGGUGUUUUGUUGUUCUGUGGUGACAGGAAUAAUCCUGGCUGCUGCGGCGGGAGGCGGUAAUGGAGGCGACGAGGCAGCGGCGGCUGCUGCGAUGCUCGACUGGGAGGAGGUCGACAGGUUCAGUUUCGAGGAUUCGGAUCGUUUUGAAGAAGACUCUCUGUGCAGCUGGAGCUCCGAGCCCGAGAGCCUUUGCAAUAAUUGGAGGGGCUGGAAAAGACCUCCGACGGGCUCCGCUGCCACCUAUUUUGGAGGGCCCAACAGAAGACUUGCUGAAGAUUUGCCCUCGGUUCCUUCUCUCACUGAACUAGCAGCAAAAUGCGUAGCGUCUCACAUACCGUUCGAACUCGUAGAACACGUCUAUCCUCCGGUUCCCGAACAGCUACAGCUGCGGAUCGCGUUCUGGAGCUUUCCGGACAACGAAGAAGACAUCCGAUUGUAUUCCUGCCUGGCCAACGGAUCCGCCGACGAGUUUGCCAGAGGCGAGAGUCUGCACAGGAAUCAUAUGGUUAAAGAUCCCCUUCAAAUAGGUUUCCAUUUGUCGGCGAGCGUGCUCCAACAGAGCGGCGGAAAUGGUGGCGGUGGUGCGGGAUCAGGGAGCGGGACGGCGGCGGCGAGCGCCGGCGGCGUAAACGGUUCCGGCCGCGGACACUACAACAACGUAGCCGUGACCUUCGAUCGGCGACGCAUCUCGUCUUGCAACUGCACCUGCACUUCGACGGCAUACUGGUGUUCCCAUGUCGUCGCCGUAUGUCUCACCAGGAUACAUUGCCCACACUGGGUGACUUUGAGGGCUCCAGUAUCAGAAUCCCUUUCGCGUCUUCACCGUGAGCAGCUCCAGAAGUUCGCGCAGUACCUUAUUAGCGAACUACCACAGCAAAUUUUGCCCACAGCGCAGCGUUUAUUGGACGAACUUUUGGGUUCGCAACCGUCCGCAAUCAAUUCGGUAUGUGGAGCGCCAGAUCCGACAGCCGGAGCUUCGGCGAACGAUCAAACAUCUUGGUAUUUGGACGAGAAGACUUUGCAUGACAACAUUAAAAAGAUUCUCAUCAAGUUUUGCGUUCCAGCGCCUAUGGUGUUUAGUGAUGUGAACUACCUAAGUACGGUAGCACCACCAGCAGCUGCAGAAUGGACUUCGCUUCUUCGGCCUUUGCGAGGUCGCGAACCAGAAGGCAUGUGGAACCUUCUCAGCAUCGUCCGAGAGAUGUUCAAACGCAACGAUCGCAAUGCCAUUCCACUCUUGGAGAUUAUCACGGAGGAGUGUCUGGCUUGCGAGCAAAUUCUCGUUUGGUGGUUUAAUACCAAGGUUGCCCUGUUGAGUGGGAAUUCAGGUUAUGGAGGCAGCGGAGGCGGUAAACAUAACAACGUUAACAGUAAUACGCAUGCGUCACAGCACGCUUGCUCUUCGCUGUGCGAGGAAGUCGUUGUGCUAUGGAGGUUGGCAGCCUUAAAUCCUGGUUUAGCUCCCCAUGAAAGGGAUAUGUUACAUAAUCAGUUUACUACAUGGCAUAUGAAAAUCCUCGAAAAAGUUAGUAAAUGUCGCAGCACAUCAUCGUCUCAAUCAAAUUUCUCAAAGAACAGCUCUCUUAAAAUGGAUUUAGAAGUUUUUACUGGUUUUAAACCCGCUAUUGAAGCUUGUUACCUGGAUUGGGAUGAUUACCCAAUGCCUGGAAUCACUUAUACCCAGGACAUCAAUCCCAUGUACCAUUGUCCAUUUACAUGUUUUAGGCACGGAUCAGAUAGCAGAGGAGAAGGACAAGUAACCCAAGUGAAUUCAAGCAAAGCUCUUCUAAACUGCGAACAUCCACAUACAAGCCAUUCUCAUCACCAUCACCACCACCAUCAUCACCAUCAUUCGAGAGUGACUCGGUUUGAUUUCGGCGACGUUAUUAGUCUUAACCCCGUCGAAUAUGCACCUCCCCCUCAACUGAAUCGCGGCGGCAACAGAUCGAGUGUCAGCAGCGAGGGUUUCUGCGAAGUGGACGACGACAUGAACGUGAUACCAAACCGAGAACAAGACUACGACUCCCAAGAAGUUAUUCCAGGGGGUGGCAGCGAUUCAUCGUCUUCGAGCAGCAGCGUGGAGAGCAACACUCCGUCGACUACCCAACAUUCCAACAAUAUGAGCGACACGGACACCAGCAAGCAAACUUAUCAAGUUGCCGGCCAUCAGCAACAAAAUUACUCCAUUGACCCUGUCAAUCCUACCGAGGUCGUCGCCAAAUUAAACAAAUCCUUGGCCGGAACAGCAAACACAAGUUACGCUGAAGAUGUAGAUACCUCGCGCAGGCCUUCAAAGGACGAAUCCAGUUCUUCGUCGAAUUCCGAAUCGCCACCCAGCAGUGACGAAUACAACGUUUACUUUUAUAAUAGCAAGGAUGUUAGCGCGGCCAACGCUCCGGCGCAAAAAGACACUAAACCGGAAAAUGUCGAGGAUAAAGGCGGAACAAUGUUCACGACUCUUAGAAGAUGCGACGAUCCUUGGGACGUGUUGUUCGCCCGAGCUGAAGGCCUUCAUGCUCACGGACAUGGCAGGGAAGCCUGCAUGUUGGGCGUUAAGUUAGCCGAAGAAUUGUUGGCACAUCCACCAGAUCUAAUGAUCGAAAUACCGCCAAUCCCGAAGAGGAAAGGCAAGAAACAACAAGUGAACCCAGCGACACACCAAUUAAGUUGUUUGGCGUCGGGUACUUUGGCCAAGUGCGCUUUUCUCUGCUCCGUACUCGCAGAAAAUAGCGAGCAUUCCCAUUUGGCUUUCAGGGUCGGUAUGUUUGGAUUGGAAAUGGCCCGACCGCCGGCUAGCACUAAACCUUUGGAGGUGAAGUUAGCCAACCAAGAGACUGAUCUCGUUAGUUUAUUAAAGAGAAUACCGUUAGGACAUAAGGAGUUGCAAAUAUUAAGGGAACGAGCCGAGCAUCUUAAGGAUGGCACGUUGAAAUCUAGAGGGGAAGCAAUGCUACCCAUCAUGCUGGCCAGCUUUAUUUUCGACGCUUUGGUAAUUCCAACUGUGAUGGGCAGAGAUAGAUCGAAGAUCAUGAAUAUGAGGCUACCAUCCGAUGAGCCUUUGGGUUUUGAGGCUGCAGUUGCGGCCUUAGGACUGAAAGCCAACGUAUCGGAGGCCGAUCAUCCUCUACUCUGCGAAGGUACGAGAAGGCAGCGGGGCGACCUCGCCAUAGCCCUUUUGACCUUUUACAAGGACGAUUGCUGGAAGGUCGCUCGGAUUAUGGACAGGCUGCUCGACAGGGAAAUCCAUCAACUCCUCAAGUCGCCGAUCAUGAGUUCGUAUUAUUCGAGUAAUCCGCCCAUCAAGAGCCAAUUUACGAACCUGAAACGCGAAGAUUGCGACAAAGUCAUCACUCCGUUGAGUCCAUUUUUACCACCGGCGGAAAUUUUGACGACGGACAUUAAUUCCUGCAGUAGACCGCACAGCUCGACGAGCGCCGAAGUGGAACAAAGCAUGGGCAACCUAUCACUUGGCAAUCAACCAGGUAAUUUACCCGCACAAUCAACAUCAGCCAUUACAAGAACAAAAGAGAGUCGUUACAAAGGUAAAAGGGCAUAUCCAUCGAUACCCAAUCAACCUUCUGAAGCCGGCGCUCACUUUAUGUUUGAACUGGCAAAAACUGUUUUAAACAAAGCUGGGGGUACUAGUAGUACUUCACUAUUCACCCAACCUUCCACCAGCCAAAAUCACCAUGGACCGCACAGAGCACUUCAUAUGUGUGCUUUCCAGUUGGGACUUUAUGCAUUAGGCUUACAUAAUUGCGUCAGUCCAAAUUGGUUGAGUAGAACGUAUUCAUCUCAUGUAUCAUGGAUUACAGGUCAAGCAAUGGAGAUCGGAGCUUCAGCUAUAUCAUUUUUAAUCGAUACGUGGGAGGGACACUUGACGCCGCCAGAGGCCGCCAGCAUUGCUGACAGAGCCUCUCGUGGCUGUGAUCUAAAUAUGGUCAGAGCGGCGGCCGAAUUGGCUUUGUCUUGUUUGCCACAUUCACAUGCCCUUAAUCCGAACGAAAUACAACGUGCAAUUCUUCAGUGUAAGGAACAAAGCGACGAUAUGCUGGAACACGCCUGUCUCACAGUCGAAUCAGCGGCUAAGGGAGGCGGAGUUUAUCCAGAAGUGCUGUUUCAAGUGGCCAAGUACUGGUACGAGUUAUACGUUAGGCAUACGCCCGGUGGCGAUCAGCUGCUGGACAAUGAAAUGUCCCAUGAUGGUCCGAUAAUGGAUCCGCAUGGUGCACUGGUGGCUCUCAUUGAGCAACCCGUGCCCCAAGAAGUGCCUCCACAAGCGCAACAGGUAGUUGUUACAACUGCUCCACCACCACCUUAUACGCACGCUGCACCGGUAGGUAUGUACGCUGUUGGCCACUACAAUUUCGUCCCGCAUCCUCACCAGCAGCUAGGUUAUGGGGGCCCUUUACACCCCCUGCACCAGCUCCCUCCGCCAGCUCAUGUUCAGAUGUAUCAGUUCCCCUACCCACCUCCAAAUGCUUCUAAUGCUCCUCCACCAUUCACGCCGGUACCCACGUCGUAUCAAUCGCUGCCGCCUCCACAACAAGCGGCGUUAACCACUGCUCCGUCUCAGUAUCCUCCGCAACAGCCCCCACCUUUCAACAACCAACCGCAGGCGGCAGGACCUCCACCAGGUCAGCUGCAGUACUACGGACCUGCAGUCACCAUAGCACAACCAGUGCAAGAUUUUGCUCUGAGUAUGCGGCCUCCUCCGACACACAUGUACUCACCGGUACAACCGCCUCCAGGUAUGGUUGCGGCCGCGCAGGUGCCUCAACAACAAAACGUGGCGGUUGCCGCUCGAGCACACAGGCCCCAUCAAUUUAACCAGACGCAGUUGCGCUACCUACUCACCUCGUACAGGGUGGGAAUGUUGGCGUUGGAAACCUUGGCCAGAAGGGUACACGAUGACAGACCGCAAGCGAAAUACGCAAGGAAUCCUCCUUACGGCGAGGACGUCAAGUGGCUGCUACGCAUAUCAAAACAUCUAGGCACUCAGUACUUGCACCACUUCUGCGUGUGCGCAGUCAAUUCCAUCGUAAGUCCGUUUGUUUUGCACGACGUGGCCAUCGAGGCGGCUCAGUACUUGUCCCGUAACAAUCCGGGUUUGGUUAUGCAACAUCUGCGCACCGCACUCACCCCUCUGGUACAAAAAUGCCAACAAAUGUACAUCCAGUGCUUGCAUCAGAAGCUAUAUCAUCUUACGCCAGCGGAUUACGAGGAUUUCGUAACAAUCGUAUGUGCGGCAAGGGCUGCUUUCCAAAUUACCCCUGACGGCACCGCGCAGUUCAAGGAGUGGCUACAGUCGAUCAGAAGAUCAAAAUCCUGCAAGAAAGACCUCUGGGCUCAAAUCAACUCCGCCCUGCAGGCCAAUAACAAAUGACAAAGGCCAGACUUAGGCGCCCAAGGUAGCAAUACCAACUCCCCAUUGACCCUACCAGCAACUUUAACAGCAGCGAUUCGAACAAUAUCAACGUCGGCAACAACGCCUGCGCAGCAUCAGCAGGAUUACGGCGAAGCAUCGCCGCAAAAAACCUUUUUCGUGUGCAAGUAUUCGUCCAAGAAGCGGGGGGGCGGCGGCUUAAUUGUGAUGCCGGUGGAGACGGUGCCCUUUUCCGCCAAACCCACCUACAGGCAACUGACGUGGGGCGUCCCCAACCGUUCGCCUCCGCCCUUUAGUUGACUUCCAACAAACCAUCAACCCGUUCUUAAAGCAAUAGUUUGAAAUUUUGAAAGUCGUCUUUAAAGUUAAAAGAUUCCCUCUAGAAGGAUUUUCGUUUGUUGAAUGUAAGUUGCUUUGUUUUUGACAACCAUAUUUAACUUAACAGUCGACCGUACAUUCUUUCAAACGUUUAUUUUAUCAUUGCAUGCAUGGUGAACUUUGUUUUAUUACAUUCAUUUAAAUACUUAAAGACAUACACAUAAAAUAAAUUACUGAUUGUUCUGUAAUAAAACAAAGGUGCAAGGUUUAAGUAGGCGUAUUGUUUAAAUGUUGUUUCGCUAUUUAAAAAAAAUGCUCAGGUCUCUAACCAUCUCUGCCUUUAUGUAGGUAAAAUUACUUAAUAAGUAGCCAAUUGUUUUUGAUCACAAUCAUCAUUAAACCACAUAUAUCUUAGUUAAGUUUCUCUUGUGGACACCAAAAAAAUGUUAUGUGAUGAGUUGGGUCUACAAGGCCUCAGAAUGUAAAAUUAUUGUUUUUGAUAUCCGAUUUUAUUAAAUUAAAUUAAAAAAAAAAUAUUUUAAAAAAAUAUAAAAUAUACAAAAUAUAAAAUAUUGGGUAUAAUAGAUUUCCCCUUUCAAGAUAUUGAAUUGACACUUUAAAUUUUAAUUGCUGAAAUUGCAAUAGCCUUUUAAUAAAUUUGUAUGAAUUUGUUAAAUAAAUAAACAAAUUAAAUAUUUUUGUUAAUAAGGGAUUUUUUUAUGGAAGCCUAAAUGUAGGUUUAAUUAUUAAAGUGUCCACAUGGGAUUCCCCUUAUUACUAUAUUACAUGUAUGAGUAAUAUGUAUUGUUCAGUCUUUACAUAGACUACUGUUCAUUUUUAAAUAUUAAGACUAAUUUAAAUAUACUUAUAUCUUUUAUGACAUUCUUAGUAUUAAUUUGAAUUAAACUGUUUGACUGGAUUAUCGAAAUGCAUCUCAUUCAUUUAUUCAGUAAUAUGUACAGACCCAGUGUUAUUAUAUGAAUGUUUUUAAGAUGUUUUAUUUACAUUUUCAGUAUAGCCAUUAGGAACUUAGAUGAUAAGUUUUUAAUGAAUGUGUUUUUUUCUUAAUAUUGAUUCUCAAUCAAAUACACAAGACAUGUCUGCGUAAAAUAAUAUGGUUGUGUUCAAUUUUACAUUGAUGCAAAAUAUUUUUAAAAUACAAUACUAUUGGAAGUAUUUUGUGAUGUGUAACAUGCAAGAUUACAACGGCCCAUUUUGCAUAUGAUCUCAAUUAUGUAUAAUACAAAGGUUUACGAUUUUGCAUGGUUUUCCAUGUGGAAAUUUUUCCCUGAAAAACUGAGAAAAAGUUUUAAUAAGAGUUUUAAAACACACUUUCUCUUAAAAGCCCCAAAUAAGACUUAUUAGUGGCAAUAAGACUUAUUAAGCCAGACUAUUAGCAAGGUUUGGGAGUCUUCUGGAGGAGUUGACUCAAUAAGACUUCCAGCAUUUGGUUAUUGUUAAAGAAAACACGAAGAAAAGUAUUUAUAAAUAUUGUUUCUGUGUUGUUAUAAGGCUUAUAACAUCAGAAGCAAUGUUACAAUAUAAGCCGAGUUUAUUUUAAUUCACCACAAUAAAACAGUCACAAGGUCACACUGCGUUUUUGUAGAUUUAAAUAAAUAUCUUAAGUUGUUUCAAUCUGCAAGCUGAUUAUGUCUCCAGAAGGUGUAUGAAAGAUAAUGAGAAAAAAAAUAAUAAAAAAACUAGGCGCUUUUUUAAUGGCGCCAAAAAUACAAUUUUGAAAUUUUAUUGUUUAAAAAAUUUGUUUAUCAGCUAUUAAAAUAUUAAUUUUAAUCAAAAUAUAAUAUUUACAUACUCUCAUUAAUAAUAAUAAUGCUUUUGGAUAUGUCCAUGUACAAAAGACUAGAGGGUUUUGUGGCAGCUAAUGGUUCAAAGGGAUUUUAUACCAGCAUACCGCGAACAAUUAUUGUUUGAGGUUCUCUGGCGAAAAAACCCAAAACAUUUAAAUUGUGGUUUUCGACAGACUAUCGUACUAUUCGAGCCGUAUAAACUGGAGAAUUAAACUGUAAUAAAAACAUGUUGACAUGUAAAAUUGUCAAUAAAAAUUUCUUGCUGUUGGUAACAAAAUGUUUGUGUAAUUUGCAGCUGUUAAUCGCUCAUCAAUAAGCCAGCACAUUCUAGGACCGUGAACGCUUAUCCACGCCAAACAUUGAUGGAAAAGAGCUCACUAUUUCUUGUUCCCAACGUAUAAUUAUCCUCGUCUCUUGGAUUUCUUGGACGGUAAACUCGAUUUGAUGAAUGGUAGGUCUUUUCAUCGAAAAAUACUACAUUACUCCAAAAAUCUUCAGUGUGAUUUAGAAACUCAUUUGCAAACUGAAUUCGCAUCUAAGCAGUUCUGAGAGAUCCUGGAAAUAAUGUUUCUUGUGCUGCCACAGCGGUUUCAAAAGGAUUUUGGCGGAUGAGAGCAUUGUUUUCAGUCUCAUUAGAAACCUACAUCUUUUUUGAAAUGUUUUCGCAUUUUAUGGUGUUCCUGCCAGCGAUUCUUUAUAUAAAAUAUGCAGCUUUUAAUAACAUUUUAAUCAGCGGCCUCAAAUUUUCUUCCAUUUUUGCUAUAGGCCUUGACUUCUGAGGUUGUGUUGGAUGGCAUUUUUGUUUAAUAAAUUGACAGCUAUUUUAUAAUAAUAUUAAUAAAAUAGCUGUCAAUUCGAUAUCAACCUUUGGUCAUCUAUGAUAUCAACUGUCAUUGUAUUAAUCUGCAAUGUGCAUAUAUAAUAACACUUGUAUUCUCAUAAAAUAAAGAAUCCGAAUGAGCCGGAAUUUUGCGCAAAGAAGAAGAUAACGUCAAAAUUCGAAACAUAAAGAAACCGAAGGAACCGGAGUUUUCCGGAAAGGACAAGAUAACGUCAUUUUCCAAAAAAUAAAAACCGAAGGAACCGGAAUUUCGCGAAAAGAAGGUAAUGUCAUGUCUGUGCGAAAUUCCGGUUCUUUCGGUUUCGAGACGUUUAACGUUGAUUAUCCUAGGCUUUACAAAUAAUUUAGACCAAUCGAGUAAAGUUUUUUUUUACCUCUUUGUCUGUAAAAAACCCAUUUAGACUUAAAUCAAUUUUUUGAACAGUGUAAAUUUCAAAAUUCGUAUUAUUGCCGCCAGUAAAAAAGCGCCAAAGUAGUAUUUUUUUUAUUUCUGGUCUCAUUCUUUUUCUUACACCCAAAGACAUAAUAAGCUUGCAGAUUGGAGUAACUCGACAUUUUUAUUUAAAUCUACAAAAACGCACCGUGAGGUGUAAUAACAAUUAUAAUGAAACGCAUAUGUAUGAUGUGUUUGACUUGCUUUCAUGGCAUGUACUAACCUUAACUACAUGAAGCUCAGCGGUGAUCUGCUUAGAAAAUAAUAUUGCCUUUACAGUCGCCCAGUACACAAUAGGACAGAUGAAUAUUUGGGCAUAUAAAAAGAAACUACUAAAAUAAAACGUACAGUAGCAAUAAUAAAAGCAAGUCUAGCGCGUGGUAUGCAUUGCAAAAAAUUAUAAUUGUUAUAAUUAUUACACUGUAUGUACUCAACAAGUGCAUUUUAUGUAUUCUACAAGUGAGACGUACCUAUAGGUAUACCUAUGUUUUGACUGUGUUAUUGUGACGAACUGCAAUAAACUUGGCUUACAACAACACAGAAAUUUUUUUUAUAAAUAUUUUUAUUUUUUUUACAAUAUCCAAAUACAACAUCUCUAAAUAAUCUGAAUGUUUAUUUUUAUCGCUAUAGGUACAACACUUUCGCUAUUAAUCUGACAUCUGAGUUUUGACGACUUAAUAAGAGUUGUUUUAAGAGUUUUUAAGAGAAGGGAACACUUUCAAAACUCUUAUUUUUACUUAUACAAAUUUUUAUGUUUUCCAGAAAAAAAGUUCCACAAGGAUUUACGAAAUAAAUUAACUAAAAGGUUGCAUUUUUAGACUGCAAAAAAUGUGAUGAAUACAAUUGUAUAGUAUUUAGUAUGUCAAAUUGUCAUGUGCAUAUUUUGACUUGGUGCCUUUAAAAUUAGUUUUGUUUCUCAUUCUCUUUUAUUGUUUUUAAUAAAUUUAAACCAUGCAAAAGAAGUAAAUAACAUUGAUGUACUUUUGAUUUCCGUUUACGAAACCGAAAGUAGAUUAGACAAAGAUAAUAAGGAGUUAAUUAUAGUUUAUUUUUUUGAGUAGGUUUUCAUAUACACUAAUGUGUAGGUAUUCAUUUAAUUAGAUUAGUUACGUAUAACGUAUCUUAAUUAGUGCCGUUGAUUUUAACGAAAUAUGAUUUACAUUGUUUUUGUAAAAAUAUAGUUAUUUAUAAAAUCUGUUUCUUUUUUAGUUUUAUUUUAUAAUUUAACAAAGUUAAUGUAUUGCACAUACUGUGUAUGUCAUAUUUCUUUAAUUCAAUUAACAAGAGAGAAAUAAGGGCUGAUUUAUAAAAUAUGUAUAAAUAGAAAAUCCCAUAUUUGAAAUAACUAAAAACUUGAUGUAUAAAGUAUGUUCUUGUGUUUUUAUUUUUACUAACUGCCUUUAAUGUACUAAUCAUAUACUCUUGCUGUAAGAGUUUUCAUGGACGUAUUAACAGUGGACGCGUAACGCCUACUCUUGUGUAUUGAAGCAAAGUGUUGAAAAGCUGAACCUAAAUUUCAUUGUCGUAACCUUUAAAGGCCAAGUUUUUUUUUCGUGUUUUUGUUAUGUUAAAAUACCAUGAAGCUCCACCAUGGCAGUUUGUUCCACCUUUAUGAUCUGUGGUUCGUUCUGCAUUGGGUUGUAGAAGUCAUUCCACCAAAUAUAUAUUUUAUAAUUUUUGAAGUUAUUCUCUUCAUCAAAAUAACAACUCACUGAAGAUUUGAGCUUUUAUUCUUGAUUACUAUUUUUUGAAUUUAGCCUUUUUUAACCUUUUUUAUGUAAAUAAUGUUUUAUAAUAGUUAUUUGUUUUACAACUUGUAGGGUUACCAGAUUCUGUCAA